ACGCCCCCCCCCCCCCCCCCCAGACCUGACAACCGAACAUGUUGACUACCUUUUUUUGUAAGCUGCAGAAACACACACGUGGCUUCACUUAAGAUCAGCGGAUAAUUAAAAAACGCAAGAUGGCUUCCACAUUGGGAAAACGUCUGGUUGCCUGUCUGCUGAAUGUGUCUGAGGCUCGCAGAAAAGACCUGGUUUUAAAGGUAGCCCAGGCAGCUAUCACAAACAAUAGAGGAGGUUGGCGUGUGGGCACCACUGUACUUAACAUCUUCAAUGACUUGGACUACAACCGUUCAGUCAUCACUAUUGUUGCAAGCGUUGACCACAUCAGGGAGGCUGUGUUGUCUGCAUGUGAGCAGGCGUGUGGCCUCAUCGAUAUGCAUGCCCACUCUGGAGCUCAUCCAUGCAUGGGUGCAGUUGAUCUAGUGCCACUGUAUCCCCUUGGAGAGGAGGUGGGCUUGGAAGACUGUGUCAAAGAGGCCAAGAUCCUGGCCUCUGAACUGACCCAGCGAGUGGUUGGGACUAGUGCAUUUUUCUUUGGCUAUGCUGACAUGCCCCAGAGGCGGAGUCUGGCCCAACGGAGGAAAGAGAUGGGCUGGUUUAAGAAGGAUCCAGACAUGUCAAUCAUCCAGCCAGACAUGGGACCAUCACCUCAAAAACGAUAUGGCCUCACAGGUGUUGGGGUGAGCCCCUAUGUGAUGAACUGCAACGUGACCAUUGGCACUCAGGACCUGGCAGUGGGCCGCCGUGUGGCCUCCGCUCUCCGAGAGUCCAGCCCCGGCGGGAUCCCGGGCGUGCAGGUCCUGGCCCUGCCCCACGACGGGGACACAGAGAUCGCUUGUAAUGUGGAGAGUGUCGAGGGCGCACCUCCCGCCUCCUUGUCCGGGGUGGCUGUAGGAGAUCCCUGGCCCUCUUUCAGCAUUGAUGGGCAGCUGUAUUGCCACGCGCCCGCCUCGCUCAUCACGGCGCGGGUGGCAGAGUUGGCAGGGCGUGAUGGCGUGGCCACAAAGGGGACGGCCCUGGUGGGCUUCACUCCACGUGAGUGCCGUGGCCUGGCAGAACGGGCUUUGUCUCUCGGCAUUGGUGAAUUCUGGAAGGAACAGAGAAAACUGCACAUGUGAUGAGUAAUAGGGCUCUCCAUCUCUGCAAGGCCAAACUGUAGUGUUUAGGCUUGGCUUAUUGUAAUGACCAAAAUAUAAUUGCUUAUCAAGUGGAUGAGGCUAAAACAAAGGACAAUAUUGUAAUUGUUUUAAUGGACAAUAAUCAUUGUUUACAACUGCAGUGAAAUGAUCACGAUCCUAUUUGAUGAGUAUUAUUUUAUCUUACUUCCAAAUAUUGAAAUAGGGUAUGAACUGUCAUUACUGUGAAUUAAAUUCCAUUAUCUGGAUCAUGUUGCACUUAAACAUUGGCUUCAUUAAAGCCAGGAAAGCAUGGCAAUACUAUGUUAAUAUGUAAGAAAGGGUGUCCUGGCACUGAUGUUGAAAUGUAACAUGCAUGAGCAUUGUAACAUGCACAUGCAUUUGCUCUGACUGUUUGAGAGCGACAGUGCAGACUCUAGUCCUGUCACAUGAACAGUGCUGGAUUUGGUUCAAGUUUAAGUGUUAUCCUAAAUAUCGUUUGUCUGGUGUUAAUGCCCUGAUAGUGCAAUUCCUAACAAUACUUGUUCUUGAA